GCUCAAUAUGGCGUCUGUUUAGCUUUUCGUUUUGUCUUUUUAGAAACUUAUGACAUAUUUCUGCAAAAUGACAACGAAAUAACCACAACUUAAGAAGAUGAGGAUAACCAUAGGACAGCAAAGAUUAUUGGCGUACUUCUUUGUGGACUACAAGGGAUGGUAGUCUUAAACAAUAGAAAUUUGUUUGGCUAGUGUCAAGUACACUGCAGUUGAACGGCACGUCUUGGGGGCUUGUAAACAACUUUAGCAGAAAACAUGGCAACAACUGCAGUGAAGCCCAGGUCUGGAAGUGAGGUAUCCAAUAAAUCGGAGCCGUCCCCAACAUGGCCUGGUCCUCGUAAAGUAAGCCUUCAGCGUAACGCAGCCGGGUUUGGCUUCACACUACGUCAUUUCAUCGUUUACCCACCGGAAUCCGCUGUCGCUGAACUGAGCAGACAGGAGGGGGCUGCAAGUGCUAAUGAUCGCAGUAAGAAGCGCCCUAAGAUUACGGCCCUGGAGCCUAUGGACACAAUCUUUGUGAAGCAUGUAAAACCAGGAGGUGCUGCUGAGAGCGCUAGCCUGUCCACCGGUGAUCGCAUCGUCUCCGUGAACGGGGAGAGUGUAACAGGAAAGACUUACUCACAGGUCGUGGGUUUGAUUCAGUCGAGUGAUUCUUGCCUAAAGCUUCUGGUUGUCCCUCGUGAGGAGGACAUCCUACAGGUUGCUUAUCCCACCUCUGCAUACAAAUCAGCCGACGGAGACUCAGACACCCAACCCCAGCCGGAUGUGGACUCUCAAUUUGGUGGCAGAAGUGGGAUCCAUGAUCCAACAUCUUCCAACCAGGGUGGUUUACCAUCUCCUAUCAUUCCAGUCGGAAAAUCAGAAGACGCUCAUGAUACAGUGAUCCUGCAUCCGGAUUCUGACCUUCUUGGGCACCAAACAAGGCACAAAACAGAAAUGGUGUUGUCUGUUGGGUCGAAGCCAGUAAAGACAUCAACUCCAGUCUACGACAACAACUGGACGUCCUCAAGAGAACUUUUGGAAUCGAACAACAGAAGCACCCCUAAAACAGGAGGACAUUUGGACAUUGCUGGGAGGACUGGCCAAAUAAAGCAAACAGACUCCAAGUAUGGCAACCACAAUUCAAGACCUGCAAGUGGGAUCUCAGUGGCUUCCAGUACAUCUUCUGGUGAUAGCACCACAGGACAAAAGUCAGGAAGAACUUUCAAAAUAACAAGUAUUUUCGGGUCACACAAUCGGACGCAAAGUCAACGAGGGGACCCGCAGAGAUCAGAAGCAAUUAACCGUCGAGCGACUCUUGCGAAUGAUUCUCAGCAACGAACAGGAACGAAAUUCCCUCGAAAUGAUACUGAGCCCAAUUCAGAAACAAAUCAGACUGCAGGUGCAAAGGAUCAGCGAGGGCCUGUGGUGAGACUUCGAACUGGAACUGGACCCAACGAUUAUAUCACUCUGAGAGGAAAGAGACGAGGCGAUGUGAAGGGCAACAAUCGACCAGUGCCCAGACAGAGCAAUAGCAUGGACAAUUUAGCAUCAAGUACCGAUGCCGGUGAGGAAGUGAGAAGCAACAACAGUGGACAGGUGUCGUCGUCAUAUGAUAAUCUUCACCUCUCUGGCUCCAAUGGCACUGAGUGGGAAGUGCGGUCCGGCGAUCAGGCCAUGACCCAAUUGGGACAUCAACGGCUUGGUAGCGACAGCCAAGUGAACCGACCUGAAACAGUAACAAGACGCUAUUAUAGAUCAAAGCAAACAGAGACGAUCACCACAACAUCAUCCUCCAAUGAUGUCAACAACGUCAAUGCGAAAACCACCAUCGAAAUGCAGGGUUACAAUGAGGUUGCAGACCCUAGGAUGAGAGAGAUGUUUAUGCGCCAAGCCCAGCAUCAAAGACACAGAAGAGGUUACGAGAAGAAGGAAGGCUCACUGUCUGGGUCCAAGUCAGUUGACGGCAUUCGAUACCUUGAUGGGAGACCAAUGAGAAGCAAUACGGUGUCAGCAGCCGAUACCAGAACCCCUGUUUCUCCAACAGAGAGAAGGUACUCUCAGUUUCCUGAUAACAACACUCGGAUGAAAUAUCAGGAUGCACAAGAAACUUACAGCUCAGAAACAGGGCAGCGGUACAUCGCAAGCGAGGAGCGUCCAGGACAAGAAGGGCGCGCCUUUAUCCUUAGUCGAGACGGAAGGCAAGCUGUGAACAUGGUGAAAAUAAUUGGCUUAGAUGGGAAUGUCCAAGCAACAAAAGUGUUAGAUGGUAUGGGUGACGCUGGGUUGCAGCCCGACAAUGAUAUUGAUUUUGACGACGAGGAACCACUCUCACCAACUAAAGUACAGGACAGGAUAAGCUAUUGGGACAAGAAAGCCCAGGAGAGCUCCCCUACCGAUACGUUGGAUGGUAUGUGGAGGAAAGGAUCUAACCCCCAACCUAAGGAUAAUCCCCAUCUUAUUAAUCCCAGUGCUAAUCCCAACACCAGAUAUCGGAUUACAGCGCAUGUACCCCUCCCGGGAGGCGGGCGGGACAGGCCGCCGGUACCCAAGCGUGACAGCAGCCGGGGAAGGGUACGAGAUCGGAGCAUGGAGAGGGAACGCCAGCACGAACGGAAAAUGUACGAGCGACAUCGAAGUAAAAGCUACGACCGCUCCAACCAGCGGUCAGGUGCAUGGUUCCGAUCAUCGCGACGACAGACAACCGAUGACAUGUCUGUUGAUAGUUUAACAAGCGAGGGCGCUAUUUCAUUAGCGAGUAGUCGGAAAGAAUCAACAGCAAGUAGCAUCAGUGAUGGUUGCAGUUUAGACGAUGACUACCCACCAGUGUUGUCGUAUGUGAUUCGUCGUUCCCGGGCAAGCUCUGAAGCUGCGAUUCUCGACCACCCCAAAGGAGCCAACUACAUCAGAAGUGAACAAUUGUCGUUCACCCGUCACCAAUCCAUCGACGAAGGUACGAGGCAACGUCUGGUGCGGAGGACAUCUUAUCUUCGAGCCACCCUGAGUGAUGAUGAGGAAGAGGGAGCCAAGGAUGCGUCAUCCGUGGCCGACACCACCAGCAUCUCAUCUAUGUCAGCUCAUGGUGGGGAGGGAACCAGUCCUGUUGUUCUCAGACGUAAGAAUGUAACACCAAGGCGUAACCCCAGCAUUAAUAAGCUGAAGAACCUCUUUGGGGAAGGGACACCGGUCAUCGUGGAGGCCAUCCACAAGCCUACAGUUACCAGCAAGGGAUCAUGUCAGCAGGGUACCGAGGACCAAGAUGUCACCAGGGAAGGGCCGGCAAAUAUCAAAGUGGAACUCAAAGAAUGGAAGCGUGCCAGUGACCGUUCCUGGAAGCCAGUCUGGAUGGUGCUCAAGAACCAGACCCUGUACCUGAUGAAGGAGAGGAGAGAUGCCAACAUGAGCCCCUCCUCCGCCGAGGACCGACCAAUCAGCAUCAAGGCCUCCAUGGUGGACAUUGCCUAUGACUACACCAAAAAGAAGAACGUCUUCCGUCUGAGUACAACCACUGGGUCUGAGUAUCUCAUCCAGGUCAGUGACACAAAAAAUAUGCUGUCGUGGAUAACAUCAAUCCAGGCCAACUUAGCACCCGGUGGUGAUGACAUCUUGAGCGCCAACUUCAUCAUGCACAAGACCCAGCAGCAACACACAAGCUCCACUUCGCAACCCGCCUCCAAAAAUGUCCUCUCGCCCCCAAACAACCGUAAGAAGACCAGUCGUAGUCCAUCACCGGCCCUCCAGCAGCAGCCGCCACCCAAGAAGCAGUCCUCGGGUCUGGCCGGGAAGAUGAAACACAAAAUGAAGAAGAAGGGGACGACGUGGGGUCAGCCGACGGCCGAGGAACUGAACAGUCUGACCUUUGGGGUGCCGCUAGACAGGUGUACGCCAUCGGAAUCCAACGAGUUUGUUCCAAUGUUUGUUGACAUCUGCUGCGGAAUUGUUGAAGAUAUUGGUACGGACAUCGUUGGCAUAUACCGGGUACCAGGGAACACGGCUGGUGUGACGUAUCUACAGGACGAGCUCAAAGGAGGACCUGAAGAAGCCAACUUUGGUGAUAGUAGGUGGCGAGACGUGAACGUCGUCAGCAGUCUCCUCAAGAUGUUUUUCCGUAAACUCCCCAACCCGAUGGUCCCCAAAGAUCAGUACACAGACUUCAUCGAGGCCAAUCGUUGCAAGGACCCGGCUCAGCGUAUGUGGGCCCUAAGACGCCAGAUCCAGAACCUAUCGGACCAUCACUACGAGACAUUCAAGUUCCUGGCAAACCACUUGCGAACGUUGUCGCUGAACUCUGAUGUGAAUAAGAUGGAGGUCCGCAAUCUUGCCAUAGUCUUUGGACCUACCCUUGUCCGCUCUAGCGACAACAGCAUGGUUACUAUGGUGACGGACAUGUCUGACCAAUGCUGCAUCAUCGAGAGUAUCAUCCAGCACUGUGAUUGGUUCUUCAACGAGGCUGUGGAGAGCCAACAGGACGUACCGAUCUCCGCCAUGCCAGAGACGGAGGUGAUGUCAUCGGAUGCAAGUGAGCUUCUGUCCAAGGCUCGAAAGGAUGAUCAAUCAGGCGAAUCAGGAAGUGACUCCUCCAAGGGAAAGGACAUCAAUCCCAGAGACUUAAUGUCAUCUGUCAUCUCUGCCGCCAACCGCAAACUGAAAGGACGAUCCACCAAGAAGCCGCUGCUGAGCGCAGAGGAAAGCGACGGAGCCGAGUACGGAUUCCUUGGGAAAGGUGGCGAGGUGGAACUCAAGGUUCGAGCCAUCAGGAAUCAGACUACGGACAAAGUGGGCGAGGAAGAGGAUGAUGUGUUACAUCCUGUGGAGCGACAGAGGAGCACCGUCAAGGUCAUACUUAGGAGGGACUCCCACAGCUCUGUUGAGACCCACUCAAAUGUAGACAGUGAGGUCAACUACUCGGAUAUGGAGACCCACUCCCACACUUACAACAGGCCAAGAGAAAAACACCCUUCUCCGAGGGGUUUUUACAACACGGUUGACCCAUCGAGGGGACGUACAAUAUCGGCUUCUUCGGAAUCUAGCAUGCAGACUUCCUCUCAAGGGGCCAGCGGGCAAGGAGCAACUGGCCGAAGCAGUAGCCGGAAAACUGUUCUGAAACCGGAUAAAGAUUGGAAGUCUGAGUUUGCGCGAGAGAGGCAGCGAAUUGAAAAAGAGCACCAGAAGGCUCUGCGGGACUAUGAGAAGGAGGACGCCAUGAAUGUGGAGGAACUCUAUCGGUCAAGAGACUACCUCCGAGAGAUAUCAGCGGUCUCCAGCAAAAUUGCCAACUUCGCCUCGCAGAAGUUCACAGAUGAGGAGGCCGGGGGCAGCAGACGGACUAGACGGUCGAUGGACACUGAGUCGAUACUCUCAGACUUUUCCACAGCAUCUUCAAACAAUAACAACACACUGCAUGCUGCAAGGUCCGAUCCUGUCUUCAACACAAAAUUAGAGAUCCGAGAAUCCCCGUCGGAAAGUGAGAGUGAUUUUGUUCAAACAUUAAAAGCCACCUUUGAUGAGCGCCUGCAGAAAGUCAUGCACCAAGAGAACGAGGAGGAUCGUUUCUCAGACAAAAGCUCCACCUCUUCAAAAACUGCACGCAAUGACAGACGUACAAAUGACGGGGUAUACACAGCCUCUCCUUACGCUAUGCCGGAUGACCAGGAUGCUUACAGGGUUCGAACAGGCAGUGGGACCUACCUCCGUAAUCUGAGACAAAUUCCAUUGAGUAGGACACCGACAGGGGCUACGACCAACAGUUCCCAGCCCCAGUCUUUAACGUCACGAUUCAAUGAACUGUCCAUGGCCCCUCAGAGGUCAGAGGUUGAGAUAAUGACAACCUCGAGCCCAAACUCCACAUCCUCCUCACCGACCCGCAGCUCGCAGGUGCCACCUCGUAAGAAGAAUUACUAUGAGGUGAUUCUGACUCUAGAGAAGACCGGCCUCACAGCAGAAGAACCAACUUUAACAAUCAAAUCAGCCCCACCAUCUGCGACAAAAUCCACAGCUAGAGAAUCUUCACCGAAACGAAUUGUGGAGAAGCAUAAAAAGCGUUCUGAAGCUGUAGCUAAGGACACGAUGUCGAUUAAAGAGCAACAUCGAGAGAACCGACGACGACGUCACACGGUCGGGGGAGGUCGGGACACUCCGGAAUACCGCAAAAUCAUGGAGUACAAUUCAAAUCAGGAGUCCUCUGCAAAGGACAAUCCGCGCAAAAUGAGCGCCUUUGAUCGGUUAAAGCCAUUUGGGAAACCGGCCAUGGAGUCGCAGCCGCAGAACAUGAAAUCCUGGAUGGACAGUGAGAGGGUUAGAACCAACAGCAGUCCGAACCUCUUAGCGUCAGUGGCCAUGUCGACAGCGCCCUCCUCAAAACCCCUCUCUAAACCCAAAAGCACCUCAAACCUAGAGGGCGGAAAGAAAGUCAACCCACAAAAAUUCAGCUAUGUCUGAAAAUGAGUGGUCAAUUUCAGAGAGCUGCUUUGGAAACAUUGUGGGUUACCAGCCAAGAAUGUGUUGCUAGCUUAAAUGCCAUGUUAUGCUAACGACCAUUGACUGGUCCCCACACACCAAUUCCCAACAAUUGAAAUUGAAAAGCAACUUGUUUCUGCUAACAGCUUAAAGUUAAGUUUUCUUUUUUUAAGAUGAAUGAUGGAUUUUGUUCAUUUUUAGGAUUAACGGAAAGUGGUUUCUUUUAUUUGGUUUUAGUUUCUGAAGGAACAAAACGACAUCGAGACGAUGGUAAAAUGAUUUAUAAUUUCACUGUAAAUAGUCACAAACAUUAACAUGUAAAUACACAAUUGCAAGCAAGUUUUAAAAAGUUCUGCAAGAAAAACAAAUUGUACAUAACGACACAAAAUCUAUACUAAUAACACCAUUCAUAUUGGAAAGUAUUUUAUCUGUAAAAAGGAAAAAGACAAAGGAGUAUGUACACAGUGUAAAUAGAUAUUAAUUAAUAACAAACCUUGUGUUUAGGAACAUUAAAAGUUGAUUUGAUAUGGGUUUUUUUUCUCACUUUAUCUGUGAAGUGGUACAUUGCAUUAAGGUGGGUUUUUUAAAGUUUUUUUAUAAAACAGAAAGCAGAAAAUUGUAGGCACUAGCAUUUUUUUAAAGACUGUUUAAA